AUGUCCUUUUCUCCGACACUGCAAACACCCGCCGCGCCGAAGCCCGCCCCCGCUGUGCUCAAUUUUACCAAACAUACCAACAAGCGUUGGCCCCCAAUGGCCGACCGUUCUGCAUUGCCCUAUAAGCUCACCGUCAUCUCCAAGGAGAAGCUUGCUCGAGAGGCCACUGCCCCCGAUCCCAACCUUCGCCGAUGUGUGGCACACUUCCGCCUUCACUGUGGAUCCGUCCUCUGGACGGAAAACGACAUGAAGUCGCGGAUCAGUUCGUUCGACUUUGAGGAAACCGACGAGGAAGACAAUGAGGAGGAUGAGGACGAUCUGCCAGAAAUCCAAAUCCCCCCGCGAGGUCGCAAUGGGUUCGUCCGCGUCGAAAUGACCGAGUCUCCCCUCGACACCAAAGUCCUCGACACAUACUCGGCUCCAUCACCCCCCGAUCAUGGCUUAUUCUCCAACGACGGCCACUGUGUCGAGACGGUCUCGAAAAAUAACCUGUGUUGCUUCGCCGUCUCUGCCAUGGCUGCGUGA